AAUCAGAACAUAACUGGAAUUAAAAAUGGAUAUUCUGUUUAAAGACUUAAAUGUUUUGAAUGUGAACUGAACAUUAGUGAAAUAUAAAUGCUACUUUUCACAUAGACACAGCGUGGAAUUGUUUUCGUUUUUCUCAUGUUAAGCUGAAAGAUCAUGGAGAUUGGACGAUCUUCUGUUUUGACUAAUGUCAACGAGCAUUCUAGCGUUGUACCUCGUAGCCAUAGCAGCAAUGGAAGUCGCCAUGGUGGUAGCAGCAGUGGAAGUCACCAUGAUGAUAGUAAUCUCCCCAGGAAAGACUAUGAGAGUUUGGACUACGAUAUAUGCUAUAACAAACCAUACGAAAACUACAUCGAGGCCCAGACCGCAAGUCAUUCCAUUAGCAAAAUAGAGAUUAUAAAAUGGGUGAUAACCAUCCUGAUUGGACUAUCAACUGGCAUGGUUGCAUUUUUUAUAGACACAAUUGUGAAACAGCUGAGCAAACUGAAAUUUCACACCGUGGAUCAGUCUAUCCAGCUGUGUUCCGCGGACGGGUGUUUGGUGGUAUCUCUCGUCAUCAUGGUUGUCAUCAACACGGGGUUUGUCUUCAUCGCAACAUGCCUGACAGUGUACGAGCCAGUUGCUGCAGGAUCUGGUAUUCCGGAAAUAAAAUGCUAUCUGAACGGAGUAAAAAUACCUCGAGUAGCCAGAUUCAAAUCCCUUAUUGCAAAAGCUGUAGGUGUCCUCUUCAGCGUGGCUGGAGGUUUAUUUGUCGGUAAAGAGGGACCGAUGAUUCACAGCGGCGCUAUUAUCGGGGCAGGGAUACCACAGUUCCAAAGUAUUACAUUCAAGAAGAUAAAGUCGAAGUUUGAUUUCUUUCGAACCGACAGAGACAAGAGAGAUUUCGUGGCCGGUGGAGCUGCGGCAGGUGUUGCAGCUGCAUUUGGGGCCCCGAUUGGAGGCGUGUUAUUCUCCCUGGAAGAGGGAUGCUCAUUUUGGAACCAGAAACUCACGUGGAGAACGUUUGUGUGUUCCAUGGCCGCCACCUUUACGCUCAACUUUUUCCUCAGUGGGUUAGACUCCAACAGUUGGGGACUAUUUUACUCCCCCGGCCUCAUUAACUUCGGGGUCUUUAAGUGUGCAGAUGAGAACAAGACGAAUGGAACAUGCCGACUGUGGACAGCGCUGGAUCUCUUUAUAUUCGUGCUCAUGGGCCUGAUCGGUGGCCUGCUAGGCGCCCUGUUUAACCAACUCAACAAGUGGCUUACUGUCUACAGAAUGAAACACGUGAACACCAAGCAGCCAGUGGUAAAAAUUUUAGAAUCCCUUCUAGUUGCUAUGGUGACCACAACAGUAGCAUUCGUGGCUUCAAUGAUGCUGGGCCGCUGUAAACCAAUUCCUUCCAUUAUGACAAAUACAACAAGUUCUGCAAUCGAAGAAGAUGUGCGCACAUACUUUUGCGAGGAAGGUUCUUAUAAUGACAUGGCAACGUUGUUUUUUAACUCCCAAGAGGAAGCGAUUAAACAACUCUUUCAUCAACCUGGAGAGUUUGACCUGUCAACUCUGGCGUUGUUCUUCGUGUUUUUCUUCCUACUCGCUUGUUGGACUUACGGCGUGGCGGUACCAAGUGGUUUGUUUGUUCCCAGUCUACUGUGCGGGGCUGCUUAUGGACGUUUUGUAGCUACAUUGCUUGUCAACGUUAUAGGCUACGACAGAGGAAUUUAUCUGGGAACAUUCUCUCUAAUCGGAGCUGCCGCUUUUCUCGGGGGCGUUGUCCGAAUGACUAUCAGUCUUACUGUCAUUCUGAUCGAAUCAACCAACGAGAUCAGCUACGGGCUUCCACUAAUGUUGACGUUAAUGGUGGCCAAAUGGUGUGGAGAUUUCUUCAACGAAGGCUUGUACGACAUUCACAUCCACCUGAAAGGAGUUCCUCUCUUAGAAUGGGACGUUCCAGAAGGAAUGCAUAGACUGACAGCGAAGAACGCGAUGUGUAGUGACCUUCAUUUCCUGUUUCCUCGUACUCGUGUGUCCGUGCUGCAUAGAAUUCUCAAGACGACCGCACAUAAUGCCUACCCAGUGGUCAGCGUAGUGGAUAGAGCAGAGGUGUCAGAUCUAGCUGAUAUCAGUGUCAAUGAUAUGGAAAUAAAAACUGGUUUGGACCCCACUAGCAUUGAACAGAGUGACAGUCCAAGGAUUCUCAAGUUUGAUGGGAUUAUACUUCGCUCACAACUUGUAGUCCUGCUGAAAAAUCAAAUCUUCUUUAAAGAAAACGCAUCUCCAAGCAGCCAGCCAAAGAUAUCUUACAAUGAAAUGACGUCGGAAUAUCCCCGUUAUCCUGAUGUUAUUGAUGUUGCAAACAGUCAAAUCGGUUACAACCAAUACAUUAUGGAUAUCCGCGACUACAUGAAUCCCCACCCAUACACUGUGUACCCGGAUACACCUGUCCCGCAGGUGUUUAAUCUGUUCCGUAGUAUGGGCCUCCGACACCUUCCUGUGGUUGACCAUUUUGGUCAGAUCCAAGGCAUUAUAACUCGGCAUAACCUGACCCAUGAGUUUCUUGAGGAACGACUCUCGGAAAUAAACGACAUGGAAGAUUUAAACGUGUUUGAUAGGACACGGUUCCAAUAGAACCCGGUGUAC